AUGAGAAUUUGAAAGAGUGGCUCGCGAAACAAAACACGUUUUUGGACCAGCCAUUGACAUUUUCGACGCUUGGAGAUGCGAGACAAAAACAUCAGUGUUAUUCGUAUGCAGUUAAGGACUGCAAAAAUGCCAUGAAGAGGGUAAAUGACAUGGCUAGGGAGCUCAAUAACAUCAACCAAGUCUCAAAUUCCGGAGCUCUGGCCAGCAAACUCGCGGAAAUCGAAUCAGAGACGCACCAAGUCGACAACAUCGUUCAAGAGCGGUGUGCUUUGUUGGGAGAAAUGUGUGAAGAAUGGGACCAGUUCGAAAAGAAGCUGAAAGAUGUCGUCACGUGGAUGGACAAGGGCGAGACUGGUCUCCAUUCUGCUCCUCAAGGAAAGAAGCGAUCGCUCAGGGAACAAUUACAAAUGCGGGAUAAAAUGUUUCAAGAUGUGCCGAUUCAAAAAACAAAAAUCAGCAUGGCGCUUGAGAAACUUCUAGUUCAUUUUCGAUUAAAAGUUGGGGAUCCCUCAGAAGUCAAAAAGAGGGAAGGCGAGAUGCAAGAAACGCUUGAUAAGCUUUUAGUGAAGCUGAAAGAAGAAAUGAAUACGCUUGAAAAAUGCGUGGUUCAGAUUGAGGAAUACCAGCAGGAAAUUUUGAAGAUCCGCCACGAGGUGUCGCAUGCUGAGCAGCAACUCAGGCUUCUUUCGACUCCCAACUACGGCUCUGAAGGCAAAGACUUCCAGGCGUUCCAGCAAUCGGACUACAUUUUCAAUAUGCUCUCU